UUAACCUGAGAUUAUGCAAACUGGAAAGGGUUAACGCUGAAGCUGAUAAAACAAAAACAUACUAGUGAGCGAAUUUCUGUUGAAGCCCCAUAGGAAAUUCAGUGGGCCUCCUGUUUCUUUAAACUCUCGCUUUCGUUCCGCAGACACUUUGCAAAGCGGCGGCGGCUCGUCCACGCUGCCCAGCGUUACCUUCCUCCUCCAGCCUCGCGGGUCUGCGGGGCCGAGAGGGCUUCUCGGGGUCAGUAACCGAACUCGUUCUGGUUUGCUUUCUUCACACCCCAACCACUGACACACACGCCCACCCGGGAAUGGCGAACUGUAAUUAACCCUUUGGCGUCCAGGAAGACCCCGCCGGCGGCCGCCGGCCGCUAGAGCAGGGCGGGGUCCCCCGCAGUCGGGCGCAAGGAGGCCGGGGGCUCAGGUGGGGGCUGGCGCGGCUGCGGGCCUGCGAAAGGCGCGAGCCCGGUGCAGGGAUGGCGUCCCGGGGAUGCGGUGGUGCCUCCUGGCCCUCCCCUCCCAGCUCGCCUUCCUCGCCGCCUCUCCCGGGGCUCUGGGCCGCCGGCUGCCGGGGCGCGCCAGGCAGGAGCUGCCCUCUCACUCCCCCUUGGUUUGCUCCCCUGGCUUAAUCUUUAGGCGACUCCGCCGGCAGCGCCAAGGAAACUGCAGCCCUAGGGCAGGUCGCUGCUACGGCUGGUUUCUAGGAGGAAGGUGGGAGAAGCUGGAGGGGCGAAGGGGAGGGAAGAGAGAGGAGGGAGGAGAGUGCCGCGGCAGACCUGGCAAAUUGCGAGCUGCCUUCCCUCCCCAAAGUGUGGAGCGGGAGCGCGGGGGAGCACGGCGGUGGAGGCGCCCCCUCCGCCACCAAACUCCAGGGGCUCAGUGGGGCUCGGGGCCACCUCCUCCUCAGCGAGGAAAACCCUCUCCCAAUAGAUUUCGGCCUGACUACCCCCUCCCCAUUUCUUUCUUCUUCCUCUUCCUUUUUUUUUUUUUUUUUUAAAGACACAUAUUUCUGGCUUCGGACCUCAGAUUGCUUGCUGCAGCCCAAGCCUUCCUAGGACUCAGCUCUUUGGGGCUGCCCAUCCCUGUGGCUGCGAGAGACGACGCGCGUCCGACGUCGGGCGAAGAAAAGAAGAAAAACUUGUUGGAGGGGUUUCGCCAGCCCACGUUAACCCUCUUCCCGCAAAACCAAACCUCCCCCGGGAGCCAUCCCAACACUGGGGAAAGUUCCUCCUGAGCCGACAGCCCUCUUGGAUUUGGAGGCGGCAGCCGCGCCGGCUGUGGAAUUAGAUCUGUUUUGAACCUAGAGGAGCGUAUCGCGGGGGUUCAGAAGUCACUGUGCGGGCACCAGGGUGGUGCCGCCCGUGUGGAGCCGAGAGUUAGCGAGCCCCGGUUGCAAGUGGUCUUUCUUGCCCGCGUUUGCCGUUCUGUUUGGGGUGAGGGCUGCGAGUGCUGUGACAAGUCGCGAAGAGACCCGGGAGUCCGGAGAGGACUGCACUGCCGCUCGCUUUCCCCUCUUCCUUUUCUCAGCUCCGGGUGUGAAAGCCCAGCGAAAUUUACAAAGGCCUCCUGGUCCAGCCCAGACCGGUCUGCAGCUCUCCGCCCGGCUGUCCCCAUUCUCACCGGGAGUCCCCCGAACACUGGGCGCUGGAGGAGGACUAGCGGGGAGGCGAGGGAGGUCGCAGCGGCGGCAUGGCGAGGUUCCCGAGGGCCGACCUCGCCGCUGCAGGAGUUGUGUUACUUUGCCACUUUUUACUGGACCGGUUUCAGUUCACUGAAGGGGAGCCUGGAAAUCAAAUCAAUGAUUGGCAAUAUCAAGUUGCUCAGGCCUUCCCGCAAGCAGAAGAGAAGGUGGAAGUGGACUCACAUGCAUUCAGCCACCGGUGGAAAAGGAGCUCAGAUGCUAUCAGGGCCAUAGACUCGAACCGAGCAAGCAUGGGCCAAGACUCCCCAGAGCCUAGAGGCUUCACAGACCUGCUGCUGGAUGACGGGCAGGACAACACCACCCAGAUUGAGGAGGACACAGAUCACAAUUACUAUAUAUCUCGGAUAUAUGGGCCAUCCGAUUCUGCCAGCCGGGAUUUGUGGGUGAACAUAGACCAAAUAGACAAAGUGAAGAUUCAUGGAAUACUGUCCAAUACUCAUCGGCAAGCUGCAGUAAGCACUUUUACAUUUUGA